AAGUCUGAGGCGUGAAAAUGGUUUGUGACGGCGUUGUGUGUGUUUCUAAUGAACAAAGCAUUUGUAUUAGAGAGAGCGCCAAUAGAAUAGAAUAGUGGCGGACGUCUUGUGUUUCGAACGGUGGCAGAGAAGACGGUCCAAUAGUCAACAGGUGACGUAAAACGUUCUAUCGAAUAGCAGACGAGCGCGUUCGAGACGCCCAAUCAACGCAGGGCGGCGUUAUGGCUUAAAAAGGCCGCGUUCGCGCGCGCAGUUUAUUCUGUUUUUCUAUCCGCGAAGUGCAGAGUUUGACGCUAUGGCAAGAACCAAGCAGACCGCCCGUAAGUCCACCGGUGGCAAGGCGCCAAGGAAGCAGCUCGCCACUAAGGCUGCCCGCAAGAGCGCGCCGGCUACCGGCGGCGUGAAGAAGCCUCACCGUUACAGGCCUGGCACCGUGGCUCUGAGGGAGAUCCGCCGUUAUCAGAAGUCUACUGAGCUGCUCAUCCGCAAGCUGCCCUUCCAGCGCCUGGUGAGAGAAAUCGCUCAGGACUUCAAGACCGACUUGCGUUUCCAGAGCUCGGCCGUCAUGGCCCUGCAGGAGGCGAGCGAGGCAUACCUGGUCGGUCUGUUCGAGGACACCAACCUGUGCGCUAUCCACGCCAAGAGAGUGACCAUCAUGCCCAAGGAUAUUCAGCUGGCCCGCCGUAUUCGCGGAGAACGCGCUUAAACCACAACUCCGUCUAAUAAACACAAAGGCUCUUUUAAGAGCCACUUCCUCGUCUCAGAAAACUGAAAAUUUUCU